AUGGGCGCCGACUCCGCCAUCCACGUCGAAGUAGCGGAGAACACGACCGUCGAGCCGCUCGCAGUUGCCAAAACCCUCAAAGCCGUCAUCGAGAAGCAGAACGAGGGCAAGGAGGAGAAGGAUAAGAUUGAUAUGGUUAUCCUCGGCAAACAAGCCAUCGACGACGACUACGGCGUGACGGGCCAAAUGCUCGCAGGGCUGAUGGGCUGGUCGCAAGCGACGUUUGCGAGCAAAGUCGAGUUGGACGCUGCGAAGAAGGAGGUGAAAGUUACUCGGGAGAUUGAUGGUGGUGGAGAGGAGGUGUUGUGUAAAUUGCCGGUGGUUAUUACUACUGAUUUGAGGCUCAACGAACCCCGCUACGCCUCCCUCCCCAACAUCAUGAAAGCCAAAAAGAAGCCGCUCGAGAAACUCGAUCCCAAAGCCCUCGGCGUGGACUUUACGCCCCAGCUCAAGACGCUCAAAGUUGAGGAGCCGCCGAAGAGGGUGGGCGGUGGGAAGGUGGGGAGUGUGGAGGAGCUGGUUGGGAAGUUGAAGGAGGCUGGGAUUAAGGCUGUUUAG